AUGGCUUCCCGCAAUCGAGAUAUUGGUAGAAAAUAUGAUUCUGGAAGUGCCAAAAGAAAAAGAAAUGAAAAAAGGAAAGUACUUGAAGGGCAGCUUCGUAACACAUUAACCAAGUUUUUAAAAGCUGAAACUUCUAAGAACGGUAGUGAUAUUGAAAUUCCAAAUAAAACUGUUACUUGUGGUCCAUUAAGAUUACACAGUGCAAGUUUAGAAAGCCCUGAAGCACAUAAUCAUUCUACCCCUGCAGAUCCAUCUACAUUAACCCCCCAACAUUUGUUAAACGGUGAGCAACAAAAAAGACGAUGGUUCAUUUACUCUGAAUCAAAUGAUUCUGCUCACUGCUUUGCAUGCCGUUUAUUUUCUGACAUUUCCAAUUGUGCCUUAAGUUCUAGGAAAGGUACAAAUGAUUGGCAACACUUAAGUGUAAUUUUAAAAUGUCAUGAAAAUAACAAAACGCACAGAGAGUGUAUGUUAAAAUGGUUCGAACUAGAAAAGCGUUUAAAAACGCUUGAAACCAUUGAUCGAGAGACUGAAGCUCAGAUUAGAUCUGAAGCUCAACGGUGGAAAGAUGUAAUGGAGAGGCUUUUAGCAAUUGUACAGUUUUUGGCUUCUCACAAUUUAGCAUUUAGAGGUCAUAGAGAAACAAUAACUUCAGACAGUUCAGAUAGAAGUGGUAAUUUUCUAGAUCUUCUAAAAUUAAUUGCUAAAUUUGACCCUUUAUUGAGAGAACAUUUAAAUCAAAUUGUCAACAAAAAAAUUGGUAGAAAUCAUUAUUUGAGCAAAGAAACUCAAAAUGAGUUUAUACUUCUAAUGGCAAAUCAUGUAGUGAAAAAGAUAACAGAAAAAGUUUUUAAAAACAAAUACUAUUCUAUCAUUUUAGACUGUACACGAGAUAUUGCAAGAAUUGAACAACUUUCUGUGAUUUUGAGAACUACCAAUAUGGAAACUGCUUCAAUUGAAGAGCAUUUUAUCAGGUUUGUUGCAGUUAAAAAAACUACUGCCGAAGAAUUAACCAACUACUUGUUAAAAGAACUUGACAAACUAGGCUUGAAUAUAGCUAACUGCAGAGGCCAGAGUUACUACAAUGGGUCAAAUAUGCGAGGAAUUCAAAAUGGUGUCCAACAAAAAAUUUUAAACUUGAACCCUUUGGCUUUUUUUGUACCAUGUGGUAGUCAUAGUUGGAAUUUGGUUUUAAGCGAUGCAGCGUCAUCUAGUGUUCAAGCACAGACAUUUUUUGGAACCUUGCAAAGAUUGUACACAAUAUUUUCAUGAUCUAGUUACAGAUGGAGUAUACUUAAAGAACAUGUAGAUAUUUCAGUUAAGCCUCUUUUAGAAACUAGAUGGGAGUGUAGAGUGGAGUCUGUAAAAGCAGUCAGGUUCCAGUUGAGUAAGGUUUGUGACGCUCUGUCAAGUCUACGGGAAAAGAGCACAGACUGUUUACUUAUAAGUGAAUGUCAUUCGUUAGAAAAUGAAAUCUCGACAUUUGAGUUCAUUAUUUCAUUAGUAGUUUGGUACGAUAUCCUGGUGAAAAUUCACGUUAUUAGUAAAAUAUGGCAAAGUCGAAGUAUGAAUCUAGAUGCAGCAAUAAAUCAUUUAAAGGUAUUCUUGAAAUGGUUAGAUGAGUAUAGGGAUCAGGGUUUUGAGUCUGCACUAGUGACAGGUAAAGAAGUAGCAGAAGAAAUAGGCCUUAGUGAAAUUGUUUUUAAGUCUACAAGACAAAGACGGAAAAGGAGACACUUUGGCUAUGAAGCUACAGAUGACACACCAGAGUUAUCACCAAAAGAUAGAUUUAAAAUUAGCUAUUUUUAUGUGGUUGUGGAUAAAAUCCGGACAAGUUGUGAACCAAGGUUUGAAGCUUUGAAAUGCCAUGAAAAUAAUUUUGGCUUUUUGUAUGACAUAAUGAACCUCUCCUCCACUAUGUCUGAAAAAGAGUUGUUAAAUAACUGCAAAGAUCUGCAAGUUACACUAUCAAUAGUAAAUAACCAUGACAUAGACGGAGUAGACUUGUUUGAAGAGCUAAAACUAUUUUCAAGUGUUUUAGUAGAAGUAGAAGCUCAGCAAAAAAAAAAAAGAAACAAAUGAAUAAAGUGGGAUAGUACGGGCAUUGAAGUAUAUUGUAGACAACAAUUUGAGUGAAAUUUAUCCAAAUAUAAGUAUUGCACUUAGAAUUGUUGCUACAGUCCCUGUGACAGUUGCGGCAGCCGAAAGAAGUUUUUCCAAAUUAAAGUUGAUAAAAACCUAUUUAAGGAACACGAUGGCUCAAGACAGACUCUCGGCCCUCGCAAUCCUGUCAAUUG